GCCGGAGGAGACGGUGAGUCAGUGUCACGAGCCGCGCAGCGCCGCGCGGCGACGAGCCAGCGGCCCAGACGGACCGCACCGGAGCCGAGCCCGAACCCUCGAGGAGCAGGGUCUAACAGCUGCGGGACCGGACCGUUACCGAGGCCGCCGACCGACGGCUCCGGGAUCCGCAGCGGCGUCACGGCCGCCGCCGCCGCCGCUGCUCCGACAGCGGAGACGCUGUUGCUGCAGUGACGAGGCCGCGGCCGGACCAGCGGCCAGACCCGGGGAGGAACUGUUGAUGCCGAGCGAGCGGCCAACAUGUUGCUGCCCGUCUGAGAGCAACCGCAGCUGCUGCAGCGAGCAGUGAGACGCGGCUGCUGAACGACGGGAUCUGAACCUGCAACCGCAGCCGCAGCGGCGGGUCCCGCCCCCGCCCGCAGAUGGACAUCUGGCCUCCUGAUUGGAUGGAUGGACAUCCUUCAAUGUAUGACUGAUCAGCUGAUCUGAACUCAGACAGGUUUCAGACAGUAUUAAGCUCAGCUCACCACAGACCCGACCCCCUGCUUCCGGUCUCAAUAACAGCCAAUAAGAUGAGCCAGCUGAAGAAGGAGGCAGAGUUAGGCCAGGGGAUGGACGGCAAGGUGCAGACCUGGGCUCGGUCUUUGGUUUACACUCUGGAAGAACUGGAGUGUAAAAUUUGCUACAACCGCUACGAUACUCGCAGCCGGAAACCCAAACUCCUGGGCUGUCUGCACCGAGUUUGUGCCAAGUGUCUGAAGAAAAUGGUUGAUAUGGGAGAGUCUUCACCCUCCAUCAUCAGCUGUCCAUUCUGUCGCCAUGAGACUUACGUCCCAGACGAGGAGGUGUGGCUGAUGGAGGACGACCGACACAUCCUGGCUGUGCUGUCGUGUCAGGACCGAGCUCGGCAAGAAGGAAUAGCAGUAUCAAAAGGACGCGACGUGGAGGUGGUACUGAGUCCCACCAGCCUGAGCGCAGGAGGAGCAGUAGGAGGCGUGGAUGCAACCCACCGCUCCUCAGACUGUCUGGUCAUCACCAUCAUGGAGCUCCCUGAUGACUCUCCAUCCUCUGACUCACUGAGCAUGCUCAAUGUAGUGGGUGUGUACCGCCCCCCGAGCCUGGACUCGCUGCCCUGUAACCUGCCUGCUCAGAAGUGUCGCGCCUGGACAUCCCGCAGUUUCCCCCGCUGCCUGCUUGGAGCGCUGUGUCUGGUGUACUUCAGCUCCCUGCCUCUGGGCAUCUACCUGCUCAUGAUUGGUCAGCUGUGGCUGGGCGUCAUCCUCGUCAGUCUGGUUCCAUGUACGCUACUGCUGCUUGUCCUCUACGGCUUCUGUCAGUGUCUGUGCCAUGAGCUGAGGGAAGUGCUCGCUGCACGCACACACAUGUUGCCAUGACAACGGCAAGACAUUACAACGACAACAUGCUGCCAAUAAGACAAGGACAUAGGAUGGUGAUGAUAACGAUGACAACAUAUAACUGAAAACAGCUGAAGUCGCAAUGACCUAACAGAACUACAGAGGACUUGGGACAGUAGAACCACAAAAACCAGAACCAGUCGUCUGUACACUGUAGGCUGAACCAACAGAAUGUGACACCACGCUGACCCUGUACCUUGUUGAUACCAGCACGCUCCCUAUGUGAAACAGCUAAUCAGAGAAAGCAACUUUGAUGUUUAUCAUAGCCAAUGGUCAGCUGAUCACCAUAGACGGUCCACCUGAAGAUGAAAAACACCUAGAAUUUCUGCCAACUAUCGAAACAGUGUUAAUGUGUAUGGACAUUAAAGUAAGUGGAGCGUGUUCUGCACCAUUAACAUGUUGUUUAAAACAAGGAAAGUCAAUGUUUUGUUUGUAAAUGUCUAACUUUAGUCAUCAAUGCUCUUUGAAUUAUCUCAAUGUCACAUGACCCAGUGACUGUGUUAGCUUAGCUUUGCAUAGGCAGUGGGAACAAAGGGAAAUGUUAGUCCAGGUUACCAUGAACACUGGAAACAGAAGGGAAGUGUUAGCUUAGCUUAGCAUAGCAUAAACACUGGACACAGAGGGAAAAUGUUAAAUCAAGUUAGCAUUAACUGCAAACAGAGGGAAAGUAUUAUGCUAGCUUAGCACAAACCGGAAAAAGAGGGAAAGUGUAAGAUUAGCAUAAACACUGGACAGAGAGGGAAAUUGUUAGCCAAGAAAAAACAUUAGGAAGCAAUAACUUCUAGCUGAGCUUAGCAUAAGCACGAGAAACAAAGAUUCUUAGCUUAAACUGGCUUUGCAGAAGGAAUGUGUUUUCCUAGCUUAGCACAAAAGAUUGGAAACAAAAGCUGUGUCUGAAAUCACCCCCAUCUACUAUACAGUGUGCUACAUAGUGUGGUCUGCAUUUUGUAGUCCUGUUUAAAUAUGUUCUGAGAAUCGUUAUAUUCUAUAUAUUGCAUUCAAUGUAUCCCACAAUGCAUCAUGAAAAAUAGCCAGCAGUGGUUCGUUAUGGUAAGAAUGAACAGUGAUGACAAAAAUAAUGCCAGUUGUGUCUGAAAAUUCAUGAUGAGUACACUUCAUAGUUCCCUACAUAGAACUCUCCUAUGUAGUAGCUUUGGAGUAGUGCACUAACGAGUGGGGUGGGGGUUCGGACACAGCAAAAGAGCAUACGCUUAGCGUAGCAUAAACACUGGAAACAGGAAAGUGUUAGCACAGCUUAGUAUAAAUACUGGAAACAAGAAGGCUUAGCUUAGCUUAACACAAAGAAUGGUUACAGAGUGACCUUUGUAGCUUAGCUAAAAACAUACAUUUUAAAUCUCAGCUUGUGGUUUAGUGUUAGCAUUAGCAGUUCAGGUUGACAGCAGUUAGAGCUAUUUCAGUUUCUUCUGAUGUCCCAGCAGCAUUCAUGCUAGGCUAAGCUAACAGUCUUGCUCUGAUUGAAAAGAUUUCCUACGGAUGCAUUAUUUCAUUUAUAAUACAUUAUUAUUAUGAACUAUUAAUACAGUAUUAUUGAGUAGAACUGAAUUUAGAAGCAGUUAAACUGUUGGACAUCUCUUUAAAGUGCCAUCACUUUGAUUUGAUAUGUGACUCUUAAGUCAUGUGAUCAUGUGACAUGUCAAAUGGCCCCCUGUGUCACUUCCUGUUGAUGUAACUGGUUCCACCCAGUUAUUUGUAGAAAUUUUAAUGGAGUUAAUAAAACAUUUAAACUUUU